UCGAAACAAAAUCACAUGCAAAUAAAAAAAAACGCAAAUUUUUUACUUUAAACGGGUAAAGAAAAAAUCAAAUGGUGUCCAUAUGUUUAGGUGAUGAUGACUUCAGCUUCGAACCUUGCCGUUCGACGUAUCAACAAAGGCAAUCAACAACAACAACAACAACAGCAGCAACAAAGGCGACGAAAUUGUACAAUAUCUUGGAUGUCUAAUCAACAACAGUUAAACGGUGAUAAUAAUAAUAAACGAAUUGUCGCUAAUCAUCAUCAAACGACAACAAAAUCAUUAAAGAAUUUAAAUUAUCAAUUAAAUCAAAAUCUAAAAACAGUUACAAAUAACGGUUUGAUUAAUAAUAAUAUUGUUUCAAAUAAUAAUAAUAACGAUUAUUAUUACGACAAUUAUUAUCAACAACCGCAACAACAACAACAACAACAACAACAACAAGAAUAUUUUGAUACAUAUUCAAAUCCAACGGCAAUAUCAACAAGUGGUUUCAGUGGUGGUGGUGGCGAUCAUCUAAGCAUUGGCUGCCAGAAUACUGUUCAACAAUCGUCCAAAACCGACAUAUCCACAGAUAAUUAAAUAUAAAAGAAUAACCACUGAAUCAUCUAGUGGUGGUGGUGUUAAUAAACGAUCAUUAAUAUUAAAUUCAACAACCAACGGAACUAUUGCACAAAAACGAAAA